CAGUCUCAUUACCUUUUGCAGUAAUUUCCCCAUUACUAGAGGAGGUUGGAGGGAAUAAGCCAGCGUUGGAUAUUCACUUGUCUGGGAUUCAGCAGAGCAAUUUAAGGAGCACAGAAUGGACUCAGACCUUUCUUCCACAGCUGCACAGGCAGGCAGGCAGCCUGUGAUGGGGCCCUGCUCAGAAGACCCCCAUCUCUGCUGGGCCUCCCGGCUCCUGGGAUUCACCAGCCUACUCCUCAGCAUCUGCUGCACUGGGGUCAAGAGUUCUGGGACACAUGGUUCUGGAGUUCAGGAUUCUGGAGCCCAUGUUCAUCUGCACAGGGUCCGAGGAGGUUCUGUGUUGUUUCAUGUGAUCAGGAAGCAAGAAGCUAACCUGGAGGAGGUCACAUGGGGCUUUGGCCCUGACUCAAACUACAGAGUCCUGCUGCGAGUCUAUGCUGGGGUAGACACUCCCACUUGGGUCAGCCUCCAGGACAAGUACCAGCAGAGGGUCCAUGUGCCCAACAUCUUGUCCCUGAAGAUUGAGAACCUGACCUCUGAGGACAGUGGACUGUACCGGGCUCGAGCCAGCUUCACUGGAGGAAUAGAACUUAACCAAGUUUUCCCCCUCACUGUCUAUGAGCCGGUGCCCCUUCCCCAGAUCCUGUUCAAGUUACCAUCCAUCACACCAAGCUGGUGCAAUGUCACCCUGGAAUGCAGAGCCUCAGGGGCCACACAGGACCUGAAGGUGACCUGGCAGAACAAGGGCCUCUCCAGGGAGCUGGAGCAGAGAGUAACACCGGGACCAGCCUCCAAUUCCUGGACCUUGCCUGUGAACCUGCCCCUGAGCCAGCCCAAUGCCAGCUUCACCUGUGUGGUCAGCAACCAGGUGGAUCAGAAAACUGCCACCUUAGACCUUGGGGAAGUCUGUGUCCAUGAUUCACAAGGACAGGUCAGUGCUGUCCCCCUGCCAGGCAUCCUAGGGGCUGUCGUGGCUGUGCUGUUGACCCUUGGAGGAGGACUGUACCUUUGGAAGACACGUGAGAAGAAGAAGAAAAUGCAGACUGGAAGAGGUACAGAAUUGCAGGAGGACCACAGGGACAAUGAUAGUGGCAUCCAGUAUGCGGAGCUGAGCCAGCAGGAGUCUCGAAAGGGCACGCACAAGGGUAUUGGUGAACAACAUUUAGAAGAAAAGGAGCCUGUUAAUACUGUCUACAGUGAGGUCCAUAAGCCAGAAAGUGAAGCCAUGAAGAUAAUUUAAUUGGAGGAGGUAGGAGAACUGGAACUCCUAGGACACCUCCACUCGGAGCUUGAUCCCUGCAGACACCUGCAUCUCUCAGCUCUGGUCCAGCUCCAGCUGCCCUGGUCUGCGUUACUCUGACCCUCCUGCCCUCAACUCCCUGGGCACACAUGGCCUUGUCAUAGCCUCUGUCACCUCUCCAAGCUGCCUUCCCACUCAGGAUCCUCACCCUGCAGGAUGCGUGCUCUUUUUCCAUCAUUGACUCAGCUCCUGACCACUCUCCUCCUGAGGCUUCCCAAAGAGAACCUUCCUGCACAUGAUAAUCCCCACAGCCUCUGCUGUGUGUCUUUCUGAGAACACAGCCCAGGCAUGGGGACCGUGUAGAAGAUAUUGACCACGCCGCAGAGGAAGGGGUUAGGACCUUGGUGCUGGAAGCUGAGUUGGGGGUCCGUGGAGGCAGCAUGGGUAGGUGGGAUCCCACAAAGGGCUGGCCUGAGGCUUCCUUUGCACCCUGUAUAGGGCAAAAUGUUUGUGUCGAGCGGUGUGUUUGUGUGUGUGUGUGUGUGUGUGUGUCUGUGUGUAUGUUGGGGGAGUAUCCAGUGUAUAUUAUACAUUGGGCCACAGCCCUUUUCCCUGACCACUAGUACUAACCUCAGCUUCAGCUCGUAGACCUCAAAUCCACCUCUUGUGGAGUGGGAAAAGGAAUGUGUACUGUUUCUGGACCUUCCAAGACUUCUGUUUCUCAGAGAGGGACCCAAGUCGGGACCUGUGUUCUUAGGAAAACAGCCUCGGCCCUUCCUUGUCUGGGGUCGGGGCACUUGGUCAUUAGAAUGGAAGCGCGGCACGCUGCUUCCGCCUCCCCUUGAUGAGGCUGCUGGGAGGGGUGAGGGGUGAGGCUUGUAGGAAGGUCUGAGCCAACCCUCUCCUGCCUCUUCUACUGACCCUCAGCGCCCCACAGCCCUGCUGGCCUCAGAUCCUAGGUCAGCCUCCUCUUUGCUCACUCACAUCCCUCUGCCUGAAAUGAUGGCUCCCUUUCCCUAUCCCUUCCUCCCAUCCCUGCCUGUUGGAAUCCUACCAUUCCAACCCAAAACCCCCUUCCAAGUCACAUGUUCUACAUCUUCACAUGGGUUUGAAACUAGUCUCUCCCACAUCUGUCCUUUUCAGACAACUUGGACAUAAUCAAGGCCCCUGCCAUAGGUUUGCUUUGGGUUGGUCAUGAGUCUUCCCUGCUAGCCUCACCUGGGGCUCCCUCAGGAGGGUUCUGGGGCUUUAGGAGGCCAGUGCCAAGGAGACAAGCACCUCUUUCUGUGAAGGGUCUGAGCUACUCUUACUCCCAACUCCCACAGAGACUCAGCAGACAAGACCCAGAGCACAGAGGCUGCUGAAGGUCUUUGUGGUAGUGACUCCACAAGGAAGCAAAGAGGACAUGAUGAACUCCAAUGACACGGCCUGGUUUCCCCAACCCACAUCCAGCUUCACGUUGCCUGAGGACCUAAUGUAGCCAGCACUGUAUUGUGUGGAAGCUUCUCCUCUCCCUGGGGGUCCUCACCUCCUCGAAGCCUCUGCCUUCCGCCUUGAGUCCCAGCUCUUGAAUCGGAGAUGGACUCACUCUGAUACUAUGAUCUGUGGUCCUUUGUCUGCUGGCCUAGACUCCUAGGUCUCUUGGUUCCCCUCCCAGCUCAGCAAGCUCAGCUGCUUCACUUCUGACCUCAGAAAGCCAAGUUCUGAGCUAAAGGCUUGAGCGUCAUGCUAGGAUCCUGCUAGAUGGUGCAUGAAUAAGAGAGGAGCAGAGUUUCCAUAAUAAGGCUCUUUCUAACCUCUUUCUGCUCAGGCUGAACAGAAGGCUGAGAAGGAAAAAGAUGACAUCUCUCACUGGCAUCCCAGGUGACCGGUCAUGGCUGGGUAUCAGUGCCCAUCAGUCCAGAAGCAGUGUAAGAUGUGACCACCCAUUGACCCCUCCCCCCCACCUAAAGCAGAAGAGGAAAAAAAUGAAAGAGGAAGGGAACUUGACUUUCCAAGCCUAUCAUGAACCAGGUUUUGUCCCAGGCAUUUUAUAAAUAUCAUUUCUUCUUAUUCUUACAAGAACUCUCUAGGGUAGGUAUUACUAUCCCCAUUUUGCAGGACAAGUAACCAAUGUCCCAAAAUAGUUGGUGGCAGAGCAAAGCCUUAAAUCCAACACCGGACAAUUCCAGCAUUCAUAUCUUAUCCUUUGCCACAUGGUCACUGAAGACCUUGUAAUUCUGGAGUAUUCAGAGGAGAAUAUCCUCCAUUUGUUCCUCUUCCAAGGAUCCUGGUCUUCUGACUCAGGUGCCGCAACUUGGAAUGAGUUCAUCCUGAUGAUGGAUGGAGCAGUUGGUGGUUGAAAGAGGAAUUGUCCCUUAAGUGGACAGUGGGGUAGGAGAUGUGGGUGGGAGACAUGGAAUGAGAGACCCUGCCCUCUGGCUCAGAUGAGACAUUCAAAGCAGAGAUGCUUCUUCCUCUUGGGUCUUGUGGGAGACCCUCUCAUUCUCAUUACUUCCUCUCAUUCAAUGUGUGUUGUGGCUUUCAGCAUCCCUAUUCUCAAGCCAACUUCCUUUUCCAUUAUUAUUCAUAACUUCAUUCAACAAUUAUGUGAGGCAGAAAUCCUCAGUGUACAAAUGGAAAAUUUAAAUCCAGAGAUGUUAAGUAUCCUACAGAAGUCCUCCCAAGUGUAAGUGAUGUAGGCAUAUCAGGGGAUAAUAAUUUCACACACUGUGAUUCCUUUCUCUCUGUCAUCCCAGACAUCCAACCAGUUACCGUCUUCCAUUGGGUUAUUCUUCAUAAAGCUUCUUGUACUCCAUUCUCCUCUUAUUCUUUCAUUCCCAUCUUAUACCUGCAGCUGCACCAUUUUUACAUUUCCACCAGCAAUGUAUGAGAAUUUCUCCACAUCAUCUCCAACUCUUGUUAUUCUUUGAUUGUAGCCAACCUAGUGCUGGUGAAGUGGUAUCUCAUUGUGGUUAUGAAUUGCAUUUCUCAAAUGAUUCAUGUUGAACAUGUUUUCAUGAGCAUAUUGACCAUUUGUAUACUUUAUUUGAAGAAAUUUCUUUCUCUCUCGAA